AUGGCCCAUUCAAACACGCAAAACUUCCAGAAGCAGACCUUCGUUUUUAAGAAGGUUGGAUCACUUGAACUGUCAUUAGACGUAGUGACCAAGACCAGCGCCACACCUAGCGCAGCACUAAUUCAUUAUCAUGGUGGCUUCCUCGUCUUUGGAGGCAAAGACGUUUGGACUCCUGAAUGGUUGCUGAAGGCCGCAGUGCGCCGCAACUGGGCCUUCGUCUCUCCAUCAUACCGGCUUGUACCCGAGGCUACAGGAGAAGAGGUUUUGAGUGAUGCUCUCAGUGCUGCUCAAUGGGUCUCAGAGAACAUCACCAAGAAGGUCAUUAUUGCAGGUUCAAGUGCUGGCGGGUUCCUUGCUAUAGCCACAGCCGCUCAGCGGGCCAAUCCACGCCCUCUCGCUGUCUUGUCUGUAUAUGGUAUGAAUGACUUGUCGCAGCCUCGAUACGUUACGCCUGGCUCGCCUCUGAAAUUGGGACCACCUGCUACUGGUUUGGACCUUGUUGUCAAGCAAAUAGCAGAUUUGAAAAGUGAAGAGGCUAUCGAUGAAUACGAUACGGGCUUUGAUUUCUCUAAGAACAAGCGAUUGCCCUUUGUAGCGGCAAUGCAUCAGGCUGCCAUUUACCCUGAUGUUCUUACAGGCGACCAGGGUCUCGCCGCUCGCAUUCGAGAAAUUGGUCCAAGCGCCAUUCCUCGUCAUCAUGCGAAACUAUUCCCUAUUGCAACUGGACUGCCUGCUGACUUCCCACCCACAGCGUUGGUACACGGGACUGAGGACUCUGCAGUUGAUGUAUCGCAGAGUGAGGUCGCAGCAGAGGCGGUUCAAAAGCUUGGUGUCGAGGUUUUACUUCAAAGGGUGGAGGGCCAGAGUCACGGAUUCGAUCUAAGGGAAACGUCAGGAAAGGAUAUCGAAGCUCCUGAAGCUGACAAGACUCCAGUAACUGAAGCACUGAACAGCAUCAUUACGUUUCUCAGCAGAUUCGCUGACUGA